GCCUUGACACAAGUGUGCUUACUGUCCGCGGAACAAGGACUGCUGACUGGAGACUAUAACCCAUUGCAGCAGAAGAGAUCAGACCUGGUCAUACAGAGCUGUCUGUCUUUGACCAAUUACAUUUCAUCACACACAGUAAAACAUGGAUCACUCUAAUCCUAAACAACAUGAUGGAUCUGCACAACUAAAAUUAAGUGAAUCCUGGGAAAAUCUCUCAGACUGUGAAGGACCCAGCAGUGCCUCCAUAAACAGUGAUCGGUGUACAGAUCCUCCAACAAAAAAACUAAAACUAAAAAAUGAAGCUCUUUCAUCUAGACACAGGUUUAACUCUGUAGCCACUGAUCCUGAUCUUCAGGAGAAAUGCAAAUUCACUCUGUUGAAGAAGUUUCAGCAUGUAAGUGAGGUGAUAACGAACCAGGGAAACCCAACACUUUUUAGUGAGAUCUACACAGAGCUCUACAUCACAGAAGGAGACAGUGGAAAAGUCAAUAAUGAACAUGAGGUGAGACAAAUCGAGGCAGCAUCCAGGAGAGCAGCAACAGAGGAAACACCAAUUAAAUGCAGUGAGAUCUUUAAGCCUUUAUCUAAAGAAGACAAACCCAUCAGGAGCGUUCUGACAAAAGGAGUCGUUGGCAUUGGAAAAACAGUCUCUGUGCAGAAAUUCAUUCUAGACUGGGCUGAAGGGAAAACAAAUCAGGAUGUUCAUCUCAUAUUUCUACUUCCUUUCAGAGAGCUCAACUUGAUAAAGGACCAAAACCUGAGUCUGAUGGAGCUCCUUCAAUUUUGUUUAAAAGAGAUAAAAGAAACAGACAUUUCCAGCUCGUACAAAGUUCUGUUCAUCUUUGAUGGUUUGGAUGAGUGUCGUUUCCCUCUGGAUUUUCAAAACACAGAUAGAUUGUGUGAUGUAACUGAAUCAGCAUCAGUGCCUGUGCUACUGAUAAACCUAAUCAAAGGGAAUCUGCUUCCCUCUGCUCUCAUCUGGAUCACCUCCAGACCAGCAGCAGCUGAUCAAAUCCCCUCUGAGUGUGUUGAUCGAGUCACAGAGGUACGAGGGUUCAAUGACCCACAGAAGGAGGAAUAUUUUAGGAAGAGGAUCAGUGAUCAAAGCCUGAGCAACAGAAUCAUCACACACUUGAAGUCGUUAAGAAACCUGUACAUCAUGUGCCACAUCCCAGUCUUCUGCUGGAUUUCAGCCACUGUUUUAAAGAGAAUUCUGGGUGAAGCAGAGAGUGGAGAGAUCCCCAAGACUCUGAUGCAAAUGUACACACACUUCCUCAUCAUUCAGAUAAACAUAAUUAAGAAAAAGUACCCAAAGAGCAAAAAGGCAGAUGAAGAAAUUGUUCUGAAACUGGGGAAACUGGCUUUUCAGCAGCUGAUGAAAGGCAACCUGAUCUUCUGUGAGGAAGACCUGAUGGAGUGUGGCAUUGAUGUAACCGAAGCAUCAGGGUAUUCAGGUGUGUGUACACAGAUCUUCAGAGAGGAGUGGAAGCUUCACCAAAGUAAAGUGUACUGCUUUGUUCAUCUAAGCAUUCAGGAACAUCUUGCAGCUCUGUAUGUCCACCUGACCUUCAGAAAUGAAAAGAGAAAUGUUCUUGAAGAGCCAGUAAAAUUAGCUCCGAAAAUCUCUGAUCUAAACAAAUGUGCUGUAGAUCGGGCUUUACAGAGUAAAAACAGGCACCUGGAUCUUUUUCUUCCUUUUCUUCUGGGUCUCUCACUGGAAUCCAAUCAGAGCCUCUUACAAACCAUUAUGACACAAUCAGAAAGUAAUUUUCACGGUAGCCAGGAAACAGUUCAUUACCUCAAAAAGAAGAUCAGAGAGAAUCCCCCAACAGAGAAAUCCAUCAAUCUGUUCCACUGUCUGAAUGAACUAGAUGAUCAUUCGCUAGUUGAGGAAAUCCAAUGCUAUCUUCAAUCUGAAAAUUUCCAACAAAGCAAUCUUUGUUCUUCUCAGUGGUCAGCUGUGGUGUUUGUGUUACUGACAUCAGCACAGGAACAUGAUGAGUUCAUCCUAAAAAAAUAUACCAACAAACACUGUACAGCAGAGGAGAUUCUCCUGAAGCUACUGCCUGUGGUUGCAGCAUCCAGAAGAGCUGAAUUUAAUGAAUGUGAAGUAAAAGAUAGAGGCUGCGCUGGUUUGGCCUCAGUGCUUAGCUCUGAAUCCUGUUGUCUCAGAGAACUGGAUCUGUCUGCGAAUAGAUUCAAAGACUCAGGACUGAAGUAUCUUGCUCCUGGAGUUGGAAAUUCUCAUUGCAAACUGAGGACAAUGAAGUUGUGUAGUUGUCGUUUCACAGCUAAAGGCUGUGCUGUUCUGACUUCAGCUCUGAGAUUAAACCCCUCACACCUAAGAGAACUGGAUCUGUCUAGGAAUUUUCUCAGAGACGCAGGAAUGAAGUGUCUCUCUGCUGUACUGGAGAAUCCUUGCUGUAAACUGGAGACACUGAGGGUGGUGCACUGUGGUGUUUCAGAUGAAGGCUGUGCUGCUCUGUCUUCAGCACUGCGAUCAAACCCCUCACACCUGAGAGAACUGGAUCUGUCUCGGAAUUAUCUCAGAGACUCUGGAAUGAAGCAUCUCUCUUCUGUACUGGAGAAUCCUCACUGUAAGCUGGAGAUACUGAGGGUGCGUAGUUGUGAGAUCUCCAAUGAAGCCUGUGCUGCUUUCACUUCAGCUCUGGGAUCAAACCCUUAUCAACUGAGAGAACUGGAUCUGUCUGAAAAUAAACUCAGAGACUCAGGAGUGAAGUGUCUCUCUACUGUACUGGAGAAUCCUCACUGUAAACUGGAGACAUUGGGGUUGUGUGAUUGUGAAAUCUCAGAUGAAGGCUGUGCUGCUCUGACUUCAGCUUUGAGAUCAAAUCCCUCACAGUUGAGGGACCUGGAUCUGUCUAGAAAUAAACUCAGGGACUCAGGAGUAAAGUGUCUCUCUGCUGUACUGAAGAAUCCUCACUGUAAACUGGAGACACUGAGGUUGUGUGGUUGUAGUGUUUCAGUUGAAGGCUGUGUUGCUCUUACUUCUGCUCUGAGAUCAAAUCCUUCACACCUGAAAGAACUGGAUCUGUCUUGGAAUGAAAUUGGAGACUCAGGAGUGAAGAGUGUCUCAGCUGUACUGAAGAAUCCUUAUUGUAAACUGGAGACACUGAGGUUGCGUGAUUGUGAUAUCUCAGAUGAAGGCUGUGCUGCUCUGACUUCAGCUCUGGGAUCAAAACCUUCACACCUGAGAGAACUGGAUCUGUCUAAUAAUAAUUUCACAAACUCUGGAAUGAAAUAUCUUGCUACUGUAUUGGAGAAUCCUCACUGUAAACUGGAGACACUAAGGUUGUGGUAUUGUGACAUCUCAGAUGAGGGCUGUGCUGCUCUGACUUCAGCUCUGAGCUCAAACCCCUCACACCUGAGAGAACUGGAUCUAUGUUUCAAUAAUAUUGGAGACUCAGGAAAGAAGCUCCUUUUUAGUCUUCAAUAUGAUGAUCAUUACAAACUCCAGGACUUGAGGGUGUAAAGGAUUUUCAGUGUGAUGCCAAGCCUGGGCUGGUGAGGUGACAGUGCUACUGUAAGCCAUUGUGCCCCGUUAGAUGAUUGUUUAAAAAGAUCUAGCUAGACUUUUAUGUUUGACAAAAAAGACCUACAGUUUAUAUAUGUAUUAUAAUAUUGCAGCUUUUAGGACUGUAUUUUGUGUAUAUGUGUCACUACAUAUCCAUAUAAUACUAUGUGUAAAACUAUUUGCAAACCCAAAACAGUUAAUGUAUUUUAAAAAACAAAUACAAUAAACAAAAAGCAUGGUGGAUUUCUGUUGCAAAAUACAGUGUUAUUUUUUAUAACCUUACAUUGUUUAAAGCAUUUUUUAAAAAUUCAAUUGGUAAAUGUUUGUGUAGAAAAUUAUUGAGGAUAAUUAUACAUGAAAUUGAAAUCAUUAAAAUAAAA